GGUACAUUCUCAAUACAUUAGUCCCAGGUAGCUACAUAAGGUACUCGUAGGUAUUGCAUUGCAACGUCAUUACCUGGACCUUCCCAAUAUUAGAUUCUUGCUCCGAUUCGCCUGCUUUCUUUUACUUCACAUUUGUAAUUUUAUUUUAUAUCUGUACAAUUGUAAACGUCAUACCUCCUCGUGUGCACUGGAAUCCCGUCGUACACUGGAUUCUUGCCAUCUAAAUAAAUCUGACCUCUAAUCCUGAGUGUGUUACGAUCGCCCUCGUUGCGCCAGCUUGUUGAGACGCUUCACUUCUCUGCUUUAUGCCUGCAAGACUAACUUUGACUGGGCGCGACCCGGUAGUAGAUGGCAGAAGACACUUUCACUAACGAACUUAAUCGACCCAAGGCGAACGGGACUUCCUCCCCCCGGUAUUUUUACUUAGUCUCCAGAAAAAGCAGCCAACCAAGUACUUUGAAUUCAACAGCAGGCAAAGCUGGCGAAGGGGAAGCGAAACGUGACGAAGAUCCCCCAAGGUGUCACCGGCGUGGCUGUUCUAGUGCAAGCCGGGAAAGCUACGAUAAUCCUCUUCCCGAUAGCACAGCAUCUGCCAACAAGGCAUCGCCGCGAAAGGGAAGAACGCCGCGGACAUCGGAGGACAGCCAGUCUAGCUUUCCGAACCCGGAAACUCCAUCGCGAGCACCAAAGACUGCUCCGACCCUUACUCGAUCCCACUCCUCAGAAAGACCAACUCAGGUCCUCAGUUCUCCAGACUUCAAGCGGAGUUCCUCAGAUCAGCUGUGCACACCGGAAAAGCCAUCUCAGAUCCCUAAAGCUCCAGGAAGCUCGACGAACCAAUUGUGGAACCGAAAAGCAAAAGUCCAAUCUCAAACUCUAGCUCGCUCAAAGAUGGCCGAUCAAGAAGAAGUUAACGGCUCGAUACGGGACGAUCGUGACGUUAAAGAUCGCGAGGAUGAUAACGACGACGACGCGUCGUAUCCGGAACUUGACGAUAUGGACCCGGAGGAAAUCCAUCGGCCGCCGCCUCGUAAUCCAAAUGGUGGCAUAAGAUGGGCGCCUUGGAAUGUACCUUUCAGCCGGCGAGGUCAGACGCUCGUUGUCUUGAUGCACUCUCUGAGUAUAGUCGCAACAGUAUCGCUAUUCUUCGCAUUCUGUGCCAACCCAUUCGCAUGGCCUUUGCUCUUACUUUAUCUCUUACACGUGCUCAGCUCCAAAGAGGCGAUGGACGGAUCUCUACAUAGGUCCGAGUGGCUUCGCAAGAGCUAUAUCUGGCACUUAUUCGCCGACUAUUACCCUGCUAGAUUACAUAAGACACAUGAGCUACCCAUGACGCGCAAGUAUAUAUUUGGGUAUCAUCCCCAUGGUAUCAUUUCUCAUGGAGCAUGGGCUGCCUUUGCCACCGAUGCUCUCGGGUUUUCACAAAAGUUCCCUGGAAUCACCAAUAGCCUACUCACAUUAGACUCCAAUUUUCGAAUUCCUUUCUAUCGCGAAUAUAUCCUGAGCAUGGGCGUACGAUCGGUAUCUAAGGAGUCCAUAGUCAACAUUCUCAACCGCGGCGGUCACGAUCUCCAGGGCAUGGGCCGUGGUGUCACCAUUGUCGUGGGAGGAGCGCGAGAGUCCCUCGAAGCGCAACCAGGGGUGAUGCGCUUGAUUCUGAAUGAGCGCAAAGGCUUCAUCAAAUUGGCUGUUCGCUGUGGAGCAGAUCUGGUGCCAGUCCUAGCUUUUGGGGAGAAUAACUUGUAUGAUCAGUUGCAACCCCAACAGCAUCCCUUUGUGCACAAGAUACAGAUGUUUAUCCUCAAAGUGUGGAAAUUCACCUUGCCUUUCUUGCAUGGGCGCGGUGUCUUUAACUACGACGUGGGCUUGAUGCCAUACCGCCGGCCUCUCAACAUUGUGGUUGGCGCGCCCAUCAAAGUGAAGAAAUCCGCCACAGUGAAUCUGGAGGAAAUUAACAAACUCCACAGCCUAUAUGUGGCGGAGCUGGAGAAACUCUGGCAUCGAUAUAAAGACGAAUUUGCUCCAGAUAGGAAAGAGGAACUACAAUUUCUGUCUUAGUGAAUAGAUGUUACAACUCACAGGUUCAAUAAAAAUUGUUUACAGGAGCGACUACUGCAUUUUAGAGCUUAGGAUUGCGCGAAGACAAGGCUCGACAAGCGGGAGCACAACACAUUUAUCAAUACUUGUACAACCAUUAGUAACUUCUACAGCGGCAAAUCAAAGCACUAGAUAUAUAUUUUGGUUCAAGCUAUUCUUUGAAAAGGCCCC